CUUCCCACAAGCUCCGUGCAGCUGCCUGAGGCCAAGGGGCGGGGCGGGGCGGGGCGGAGCGGGCCGGGAGGAGCCGCGUUCCGGAGCGGGAGGGAGAUCCGCCGUGGAGUUACGGGAAAGUUGGUCAAGUUCCUGGAGUUUCCCUGCGUGCUUGCCUGCGCUUGGCCCGCUGCUCCCCAGCUCUUUUCCUCCCUCCGGCCUUCACUGUCCACCUGGCCCCUCUUUCUGCCACCGGUCGCCAUGGAGCAGCCGCCGGCGCCCAAGAGUAAACUAAAAAAGCUGAGUGAAGACAGUUUGACUAAGCAGCCUGAAGAAGUUUUUGAUGUGUUGGAGAAGCUUGGAGAAGGGUCUUACGGAAGUGUUUUUAAAGCAAUACAUAAGGAAUCUGGUCAGGUUGUUGCGAUUAAGCAAGUACCUGUUGAGUCAGAUCUUCAGGAAAUAAUCAAAGAAAUUUCCAUAAUGCAGCAGUGUGACAGCCCAUAUGUUGUAAAGUACUAUGGUAGUUACUUUAAGAACACAGACCUCUGGAUUGUUAUGGAGUACUGUGGAGCUGGAUCGGUCUCAGACAUAAUUAGAUUACGAAACAAGACAUUAACAGAAGAUGAAAUUGCAACCAUUCUAAAAUCCACAUUGAAAGGAUUAGAAUAUUUGCACUUUAUGAGAAAAAUACACAGAGAUAUAAAAGCUGGGAAUAUUCUUCUCAAUACAGAAGGGCAUGCAAAACUUGCAGACUUUGGAGUGGCUGGCCAGUUAACAGAUACAAUGGCAAAACGCAACACUGUGAUAGGAACUCCAUUUUGGAUGGCUCCGGAAGUAAUUCAAGAAAUAGGCUACAACUGUGUGGCUGAUAUCUGGUCCCUUGGUAUUACGUCUAUAGAAAUGGCAGAAGGAAAACCACCUUAUGCUGAUAUACAUCCAAUGAGGGCUAUUUUUAUGAUUCCCACAAAUCCGCCACCAACAUUCAGGAAGCCUGAACUUUGGUCUGAUGAUUUCACCGAUUUUGUGAAAAAGUGCUUAGUGAAGAAUCCUGAGCAGAGAGCUACUGCCACCCAGCUGUUACAGCAUCAUUUUAUCAAGAAUGCAAAACCUGUGUCAAUAUUAAGAGAUCUGAUCACAGAAGCCAUGGAAAUCAAAGCUAAAAGACAUGAAGAGCAGCAGCGAGAGCUAGAAGAGGAAGAAGAAAACUCGGAUGAAGAUGAGCUGGAUUCACAUACUAUGGUGAAGACUAGUUCAGAAAGUGUGGGUACAAUGCGGGCCACAAGCACGAUGAGUGAAGGGGCCCAGACGAUGAUUGAACAUAAUAGCACAAUGUUAGAAUCAGACCUGGGAACCAUGGUUAUAAACAGUGAGGAUGAGGAAGAAGAUGGAACUAUGAAAAGAAACGUAACUUCACCCCAAGUACAAAGACCAUCUUUCAUGGACUACUUUGAUAAGCAGGACUUCAAGAAUAAGAGUCAUGAAAACUGCAACCAGAACAUGCAUGAAUCCUUCCCUAUGUCCAAAAAUGUUUUUCCAGAUAAUUGGAAAGUUCCUCAAGAUGGAGACUUUGACUUUUUAAAAAAUCUCAGUUUAGAAGAACUACAGAUGCGAUUGAAAGCACUGGACCCCAUGAUGGAACGGGAAAUAGAAGAGCUUCGUCAAAGAUACGCUGCGAAAAGACAGCCCAUUCUGGAUGCAAUGGAUGCUAAGAAAAGACGGCAGCAAAACUUUUGAGUCCAAUUUCUUCUCUGUUUUAAUAGUUACUCUGGAGACCAAGAAACCACUAAAAAUUGAAGGAAUAGUAUUUUUUUUAAUCCCUAAGAUUAUGCUCUACAACUUUGCAAAGGUCAAAAACUAAUGAUGAGACACACCUAGAUAAAUUCUUAAAAGGCAGAAUUUACAGUUGUGUCCACUCUUUCAUUUUUAAAUGAUGAGAACCAUAGAAAUGUGUUUUCUUUUUCUGUGUGCUAUUAUACCAGCAGUAAAACUGAUCUAAAAUUCAGGCUGUGUCUGGAGAUUUUGAGAAUCCAAAGCUGUUGUUUAAUUGUACUGGCACUGAGGGGCUUUAUGUUAUGACAUUCUUUAUUCCUAUGGAGAAGCCUAUUUAUUGUAUCCCCUAGGUAGACUUAUUUAUUUAUGCUAUUUCACUUUUUUGUUUUUUAAAGACAAGAUUGGGAUAGUUUGGGUGAAGGUAGGGACAUAGUAACAAUAAUGCACAACCAAAUUGUGCAUUAAGCAGGGCCUGUGGGGCACAUUCCUUCAUUUCCAUGGCAGUUUCCAGUAGAAACAAAGCAAUAAUAGCAAGCGUGCCCAGUGGGCAGGCGUUUUUACACUGAAGCAGUAAUUCCAUUUUACCUUUUGAAAUGUUAAUGUCUUUAUUUUGAUAUUUGGUACAAACAGAACUAUAUAUAUUUAGGUCAAAUAGAGCUAUAAGGUUUAAAACCAAAGAAAUCAGUGAGUGAAUUCUUGCACACACACAAAAAAUGUAGUAAAUAUUUUUUUAAAGAUGAAACCUGAAGACAAAUAUAAUUUGCUAACAUUGUUUUCUGUAUAGGUCUGCAGUAAUCACAUUGAAUUUAUGCUGUGAAAAUGUGUCCUGUGUCACGGGACUUUUUGUUGAUUUCAUUUAUGUCCUGGGAAUUGAUAAACAUCAUGCAUCUGAGAAUAACGAAACAACAGAAACAUUUGUACUAAACUGUGCAAGCCUUGG